AGCAUGCGCCUGAAGGGGUCCUGAGCCCUUUAAAUUCUUUCGGGCGGGGAGGUAGGCCCUCUUUCCCUGUCGCCGCUGAAUCGAGCGGGAGGCGGAGGCUCCCGGGUGUUUUCAAGAUUUAGCUUCACCCGUGAACCGCUGCCAUGGCCGAGGAAGGCAUUGCUGCUGGAGGUGUAAUGGACGUUAACACCGCUCUACAAGAAGUGCUGAAGACCGCACUCAUCCACGAUGGCCUAGCUCGUGGAAUUCGUGAAGCCGCCAAAGCCUUGGACAAACGCCAAGCCCAUCUUUGUGUUCUUGCUUCCAACUGUGAUGAACCUAUGUAUGUAAAAUUGGUUGAAGCCCUGUGUGCUGAGCACCAAAUUAACUUGAUUAAGGUUGAUGACAACAAGAAGCUGGGUGAGUGGGUAGGCCUCUGUAAAAUUGACAGAGAGGGGAAGCCCCGCAAAGUGGUUGGCUGCAGUUGCGUUGUUGUUAAAGACUAUGGCAAGGAAUCUCAGGCCAAAGAUGUCAUCGAAGAAUAUUUUAAAUGCAAGAAAUGAGUAAAUAAAAGCCUUGGUCUGAUUUGA